GACCCUGAUCCAAUAGAAUUCUAUUGUGUAUCCUUUGUCAUGGGAAAUAAUUCUGAUCCACCCUGUAGUACAGAAAGUGUUUACCUCUACCAGUGUGUCAAUCUCAAUGAUCAAGUGAUAUAGGCCUAUGCCAUGUCUUUUACUUGUAUAUCAUGAUAUAACCGAUAUCAGGUUGAUUUCUCUUAACAGGGUCAUGAUCGCACGACAAUUACCUGAUUUACAAUCACAAGCCUGGACUGACACUGACAGGAUCGGGAGCUCCAACACUAACAGAGUACAGAGACUGCUGUCAGUGUUCUUCAAAGUCCUUGUCAUACAGCUCUUCCUCGACUGUGAUUGAUCCGCGCCCAAUGAUGUUGCUCCAACGAUUGGUGAGAAGGAUCCCUUUGCCUGGGUCAAGGGCGUAUUCUGUGAGCAGGAAACUGGUGAUGAAUCCGAACAGAAUGACUACCAUGAUUCGGGCGGACUUGAAGCCUGGGCGCUGUUUCUUCGGGUCAGAGGUUGGAGCUUCUAGGCUGCCGCCUUUCAUCAGAAAUGAGGCAUAUGUGAAUGGGAAAUGGGUCUCUGCAGCCAGUGGAAAAACAUUUCAGGUGACCAACCCCGCAACAGGUGAGGUUCUUGGCAGUGUGCCAGACAUGGAUGUACAGGACACUCAAGAUGCGAUAAAAUUGGCACGCGAGGCGUUUGACUCUUGGAAGAGAGUGACGGCCAAGGAGAGAAGCAUCAUUAUGAAGAGGUGGUAUGCUCUGUUGAAAGAAAAUCAAAGUGACCUGGAGAAGUUGAUUACAACUGAAAUGGGUAAACCGCUGAAGGAUGCUAAGGCUGAGAUGGACUACGGUGCAGGGUUUGUAGAGUGGUAUGCGGAGGAAGCCAGGCGGACCUAUGGGGAUGUUAUCCCCACCCCUGCGAGUAGUAAACGCCUCCUGGCGAUCCGACAACCAGUUGGUGUGGCAGCUAUGAUAACCCCUUGGAACUUCCCGAGCGCUAUGAUUACAAGGAAGGCUGCAGCAGCAGUGGCGGCCGGAUGCAGCGUCAUCAUCAAACCGGCGCACGAGACGCCCUUCAGCGCCCUGGCCUUGUGCGAGCUAGCAGAAAGGGCAGGGAUCCCUCCAGGUGUUUUCAAUGUGAUCACGACAGCGCACGAAAACGUCAAAGAAGUUGGGGCCGCACUUUGCAAAAGCCCCCUAGUGGGUGCGUUGUCAUUCACUGGAUCGACAGGCGUUGGAAAGCUUUUGUAUGAACAGUCAGCUAGCACUGUGAAGAAAGUGAGUCUAGAGCUUGGUGGGAAUGCACCGUUCGUCGUGUUUGACUCCGCCGAUGUGGAUAAGGCAGUAGAGGGGGCGGUGGCAUCAAAGUUCAGAUCUUCGGGCCAGACUUGUGUCUGCACAAAUCGCUUGCUUGUUCAAGAAGGUAUUCAUGAUGCAUUUGUCGACAAACUGGCUCAGGCCAUGGAUUUAGCGCUUAAGGUCGGGAAUGGAAUGGAACCAGAUGUUACACAGGGACCCUUGAUUAAUUCUAAAGCUGUGGAAAAGGUUGAAAGCCAAGUCAAGGAUGCUGCUCAAAAAGGUGCUAAAGUUCUACGAGGUGGAAACAGGCAUUCACUUGGCCGUACCUUCUUUGAACCUACGCUUAUCUCUGAUGUAACUGAGAAUAUGCUGUGCAUGAAUGAGGAGACAUUUGGCCCUGUCGCUGCAGUGUAUAAAUUCAAGACAGAGGAGGAGGCUAUUUCUAUUGCCAACUCAACACGCUAUGGAUUAGCAGGUUAUUUUUACUCCAAUGACAUCAGCCAGAUAUGGCGUGUCGCUGAGGAGCUUGAAGUCGGCAUGGUGGGUAUAAAUGAAGGACUCAUAACUGUCGUUGAAGCGCCACUCGGAGGAAUCAAAGAGUCGGGCCUUGGACGUGAGGGAUCAAAGUACGCGCUUGAUGACUACACAGAACUGAAGUACUUAUGUUUUGGAGGAAUUUAACCCUUCCACGCUGCCGACACAAUUUUACUCUUGUGUCAUUCUGUGCCGCGAUGAGGGGUCAAUAUCAUUGAGGCAGAAAUCAUUGUCGUCAACUGUUUAGGGUGCCCGACGUCAUAUCAUUCGAAAUCCAAGAUGGACGAAUGACGUAAUAUCAUUUCAAAUCCAAGAUGGACAUCUUUGUUUAAUCGACAGACUUACAGUGGAAUUCCACAACAGUGACAGAGACAAUGGCGUAAUUGACAUGACGUCAUUGUGUUGGUGUGACGUCACACUGUUAGUGGCAGCAGUCUUUGACUGGUUCUUUUGGCCUAUUCCUGUAAAAAAAUGCUAAAAAACUGUAAAAUGUGAUUCAGGGUUUCUUUGUGAUUCUUAUUGUAUAUACAUAAUUAGAUAUAAAUAUCGUCAUUAUAAGGUUUAAUUUACAUAAUUAGGUAAAUGCCAUUGUUUUUCUUAUAAAGUUACUUUUACAACUGCAGGCAGCAUCUUGUAAUGAUGUUCUAGUCGACAUUACAAGUUUGAAUCGGUGUACAGUAGUCCCUCUCUAUUAAGGACACCCACCGGACUGACAAGUGCUGUCCUCAGUAGAGAGGUGUCCAGAUAAGAGAGGUCAAAUUGAAUGGAAACACCCAAUUUGGGACCAAAACUAGUGUCCUUAAUAGAGAAGUUGUCCUUAAUAGAGAAGUGUGCGAUAAGGGAGGUUCUACUGUACUUGAAUGUCAUUUCUAAUAAACAAGUUUGAACCGCGGUGUACAGUAGUCCCUCUCUAUUAAGGACACCCACCGGACUGACAAGUGCUGUCCUCAGUAGAGAGGUGUCCAGAUUAGAGAGGUCAAAUUGAAUGGAAACGACCAAUUUGGGACCAAAAUUAGUGUCCUUAAUAAAGAGGUUGUUCUUAAUAGAGAAGUGUGCGAUAAGAGAGGUUCUACUGUACUUGAAUGUCAUUUCUAAUAAACGUUUUUUAUGACU